AUGGCGACAAUCUCCUCUGGUUUACCUAAACGCUCCUUUGCAAACAUAGCUGCGUCUGUAGCGACAGAAAACCCCUCAACUCCAUCCACAAGCCGAUCGACGAUGCAGCCAAAGGAUCAUUCAGCUGCCGAUAAAGUAUCGCCUACUGGCGAGUCCACAGAGUCUCCGCCCCCCGCCAUCUCAUCGCCCCAGUCGGUGAACCCAAUGCCAACGGAUAUCCCUGGAGCCAUGGAGAAAGUUGUGGAGUCUCUAGAUGACCUCAGGCUUGGAUCUAAUGUUCCAAGUCUGGUGGUUGACGGUAGCAACUCAUCUGCUGCCGCCCGAUCGCAGGCUGUCUUCAGCCGGGCUAGCGGCUCGGACGAUUCUCAAAAGGCUGAUUCCAGCUCAGAGCUGGGUACCAAGCCACCCAGUCUAGAUGGGAAGAGCAUAACUUCUGGCACUACUUUUGCCCUUGACGAGAAAGAGUCUCUCCGUCCAGAUGACAGCGCCAGUGUCAAGGCUGCUGCCGAGGAUGACGAUUCUUUUUCGAUCCGGGGAUCUCUGAUUGCUGGCUCUCGCAUGAGUUCAGAUUUUGCCGCUAGAACGAGAGGCAUUCAGCUUGGAGAUAUGCCAGAUCGGCGAUUGGCGCAACCAGUGGCUGGAGCUCACGGACAUGGCAUCCUUACGCCUCAGAGCACAUCGUCUGAGCAGCCGGCACAGAACCCAUUGAGAAGUGCAAGUGGCUCAUCAGAUGCUUUAAAUGUUAUAUACAGACAAGCCCCCGAUGAUAAACUACUAGAAGCUUUGGCGGCUCCGAGAGACCGACUUUUCCUUCUAAGAUUGGAGAAAGAUGUCAUUGACUUUGUCCAAGAUUCCAAGGAGCCAUACAUGGACCUUCCUCCAUCGAACUCGUUUUGUAGAAUGUUGACCCAUAAACUGGCUGACUACUACCACAUGACGCAUUCUUAUGAGCCCCAUAUUGGCUCUGUUCGUAUCUUCAGGACGCCCUUCUGUCGAGUCCCGCCCUCCCUGGCAACAAUGAUACCUCAAACAACUAUUUCAACUAGUAGCACCCCUUCGCCGGUAGUUUUACCAAGGAAAAUUAUGCGCCGCGGACAAGAUGAAGAGGGAGGUGGCGCCAGUGCUGGGGCCUCCAAGACUACUUCUGAGAAUGGAAGCGAUUCCAAGGACAAACUGCCGCUGGCCAGUCAAAAGUUGUCCCGAGAAGAGCGAGAAGAGAUGUACAAGCUGGCUAGGCAGCGGAUUUUUGGAAGCUCGGAAGAUACGACAUCUGAGAUUGACGGCGAAUACGGCAUAUCCCGGACAAGCUCAGUUUCUGCCAACAACAGAUCAACUACCAGUAAAAAGGGAAAGCCACCUAAACAGCGGCGUGAUGAUACCGACGGCUUUGACUCCAGACGCCAGUACACGCCUUAUUGGGGACCACAACAGCAAACAUGGGUGUCACAGCCACCUAGUCAGUUCGUCCCCCCCGCGAACGGGCAGUUUACUCCGCAGCCUGUUCCAUCGUACCCUGCUCAGGUGGCACCCAUGUAUGGCCAGCAACCUGGAUAUCCGGCCGUGCAAGGAAUGGUGUCGAAUGCAGGUCCGCCUUAUCAAACCCCACCUCAGCAAUAUGCACCGCAGCCCGUACAGCAACGAUACCCCCCGACUGGAAGCCCAAUGACAGCUUACGGCUCGCCGAUUAUCCCUGGAGCUCCUCCGCCGCCGAACUGGCAACCCGGUUACAGUCCCGCUCUCUAUCCGCCCAGAGGCCCUACUCCCAGCGGCCCUCAUUCACAGAGCGGAAGCUACAAUAGGAAUCACGCUUUCAACCCCAAGACUCAAUCUUUUGUGCCGGGAUCGAACGGCAUGCCGCCGCCGAUGCAGCCGCUCCAUCCGCCCUUCACGGCCCCGGGAUCUCACCACAGCAGCCCGCAGAUUGGGACUCCUCAUCUGGCCUAUGGUGGAUAUCCAUCGGUCAUGCCCCCUCAUCCCUAUGCCGGCGGAUACAACAUGGCCCGACAGGGUUCGAACAAUUCGAUUGCCGCAUAUCACACUCCGCCCCCUCUAGUCGCGCCGCCCCACCAUAUACCCCAGAACCAGCAGGCGCAUGCUCUAGGACGAGCAAACGUUCCCCAGGGACCGAAUCAAAUGUUUAGUAGUAGUCAUUUACCCACGUACGGUAAUCCUGCCUCGUUGCCGCAGAAGCCGGCUACUGGAAUUUAA